GCGCGCACGAUUAGAGAUAGUAUCUUUAAUCGUGGUUGUGCGAGUGUGAGAGUUGUUGAUUUUGGACUUUGGUUCGACAUUUUGGUCGGAUACUUGGUAGACGCUACACCGGUUUUUGUUGUUGCUUGUCGGUAACUUCUAUCGGUCGUAAUAUUAAAAUGUCGAUGUCACGUCACUGAAUCGUAGUCUGUCGGCCAACACCGCUUUUAUCCGAUCGUCGAGACAUUUUUAAUUCGUCGUUUCGUGUCAAUAUGUCUUAUCAACUGUAUAGAAACACGACUCUGGGGAAUACUCUUCAAGAGAGCAUUGACGAAAUGAUUCAGUAUGGUCAAAUAACACCUGCUCUCGGCAUGAAAAUCCUGCUACAGUUCGAUAAGUCUGUGAACAAUUCAUUAGCCACCCGUGUCAAGUCUAAAAUUACAUUUAAGGCUGGAAAAAUGGACACUUAUAGAUUUUGUGAUAAUGUUUGGACAUUUAUGUUAAGUGAUGUAGAGUUCAAAGAAACACAAGAAAUGGCUAAAGUCGAAAAAUUGAAAAUUGUUGCAUGUGAUGGAAAAAGUGUAACUGAUGAAAAUUCAAAGAAAAAUUAAUGUUGACUGUUUAAGAGUUACUACUACUAUUACUACUACUAUUAUUAUUAAUUUUUACGCUCACAUAAUAUUUUUGAUGUACUUAUAAAACAUUGUUUAUGUACUUAUUUUUUGUGUAUUAUCUACAUUUUUAAAUUUAAUUUGAUUAGCUGAAACUCCUUUAGUACAUUUUUGAAUUUGUUUAGUAUUUAGUGUUUCAAAUAAAUAGUUAAAAUUAACUGAUUUAAAAAAAUCAAAAAAUGUAUUAUUUAAUUUUAAAAUUUUAAAAAUAAAUAAAAUUUAAUAAAAAUAAGUUUAGCUUUA